AUGGGCAACGAUCCUGCCCUUUCGCAGGCGCAAUCAUGCGAUAACUUCGGACCUCCCGCCGACGAUAAUUCGUUCAGAUUUACACCCAUCAAGGCCCUUCGCGCGUUGCCCCGUCUGUGGGAGCGCAAACCGGCGACCCCCUUCAAGGCAGGCCUCAAGCGAAAACUGUGGAAACGCUUCCAAUCGUCUUUCUCCAACAUGCAGACUCUCGAGUCCUCGACCGCCAUUGACCAUGACGCGUUGCACACCGCUAUCAACGCAUCCAAGGAUUCAACUUAUGUGCGUGGUGUGAAGCGUCUUUGUGUUGGUCCUGAGGGAUCUACCGGCUCUACCAAUCAAGCCAACAUAGAACUACCGCAAGCUGCGCGUCCAUUCCUGGAGACAAAGUGGGAUUCAGAAGCCUCUCGCAAGCGACGGAAAUUGCCGGAUGCUCCCUUCGACGUCUACGACGCAAACUCAAACACGACAUCCGAUCACACCGCUAAUAAAAGACCGGACGAUCAUUACGAUUUGGACGCCGAUGGUGAUCUCGCUAUGGCUACCGCGUCACCCAUCCUAUUCAAAUCGCUCCGGAGCCCGCCAAAGACAACAGUCUUCCAGGAUACUAUCCCUACUGCAGGCUCGGACCUUACAAGCUCUGAUCUAAAGUCCAUUGCACAAAUCGAGUCGGGUUCAGUUGAUCGAGAACAGCGCGCAACGAUUGACAGUACAUCCCACGAAGGAAAUAGCGACGUGGCAGCCACUCCUACGAAGAUUGUCCGGAACCUGACCCAAGCUCAAGAGGGAACUCUUGUGCGAUCAGCACUCCGCAGCUCGCUAGACGGAGAUGACGCGAUGCUGCUGAAUGACUUCUUAUCCAAGGCUAUGGCUAAACGUGCGGCGAAGGCUGCCCUCGUUGGUUCCCAAGAGUUAGGCUCUGCGGAUAAGUCGUCAAGCUCGGAGGAUUCACCAGAAUCAGUGUGUGCUACACCGCGGUCACGGAGGGCCCUCGAGGAUCGGGAUGCCAAUUCACCCUCUCCAGUCAAAGUCCAAAUCACACCUUCCAAGCAGGAGUUCAUUCCCGGCGAUGAAUUACGCGAGAAUGUUAUCACCGAGGACAUCCCAGAAGAACAAGAAGAAACUGCACCUGCAAGCCCUGCAUGCCGGCGGAGCUCCCGCGUCAAAGCGCCACCAGUCAACGCGCCCCCCGUGCGCAACACCAUUUCUCUGCGCCGGGCCAAGGGUACGGAGUUUGUUUUCAUGCAGCGAACUGAGGCCCAGGAGCUGGCCCUAGUCACACGACGCAACACUAGGAAUAAUAGGGGUAGCUCUAUGAUGCCUAAAUACGCCCUCCAGGCCAUGGCUCAGGAAGACUCAUCUGCGACAGAUAGCGAUAUUCAGAGCCAGAGCCGGCCAGACCGUAAUAUCUCCGGGAGUCGCAAAAUCACGUCUAAGUCGCGGAAGAACGUAACCUGGAAUGAGGCACGGAUGGUCGAAUAUGAAGGCGAUAUCCCGACCUCGGACGCCGACACAGACGCCAACAUUGAGAGGUGUGAGAAGAGCAAGGAUGACGUUGAGGAAGACUCUUCCCGUGCGCGCACCGGGACCAAACGCUCGGAGAAGAAAGCAUCUACUGGCAGUCGCAGCUCCCGCAGCCAGGUGUCGCAGAAGGCAGAGGCUGAGAGUGCCUCAACUGUGCCAGCAAGCACAGCGGCGCCCGUGUCCACGACUCCUAAAUCACGACGCGUACGGCGGCUAGGUGACUCCGCGAUGACCUUGGGGACGCCUGUAAAGGCGGGCAGCGGGCGUGUCAGUAAGCCGCCCACCACUUCGGCGACUUCUCUAGCUCCUGCCACCGCUGCUGGAGGGCCGUCGACGCCAACUAAGCUGCGCCGCAAGCUGGUUCCCAAGUCUCCGAGCUCCUCGCUGCUCUCGGUGCAGGCGUCCAAGGCUAGCAGCCAUGGUGGUGAGCAGCAUUUUGUCAGUGGUAUUCCAACAAGAAGUACGGCUGGCUCGGAGGGUACCAAGCGGAAGAGUAUGGUGGAGGCUAAUGCAGGGUGCACGCCGAUGCCUCGGCGGGUGCGGGCUCGGUCAUGA